AUGCUUGGAGUUUUCAACUUAACGAAAAUACGAAGCAACUCUACGUAUCCCAUUUUGCUUAGGCGUUUUACAACCGCAAGUCAACGUAUCCUCUGGAAGCCAUACACAAGUAGAUGGAUUAAGAGAAUCCAGAGGCUUAAUGAUAAAAAAAACUUAAGAAAGGUGCAAAGAGUAUCAUAUGUACCAGAAACAGAGCGUUUUUCCGAAGAAGAUAUUAGACAAAUAGGAAUAAAACCUAUUAAACCAAUCUGGAACACAAUAAGAGCCGGUGUACUUGCUUAUAAAGUUGGUUGCAUGUCCCUUUGGGAUGAUUGGGGAGAAAGGCAUGCGGUAACUGUCUGUCAUGUUGAUAGGUGUGUAGUUAUAGAAAGAAAGACGAUUCCAAAGCACGGAUAUGAAGCUCUUCAACUGGGUUUAGGAUACAAAAAUGUCAACACUCAAACAAAGCCAAAUAUCGGUCGCUUUAUUAAACUGGGAAUUGGAUCAAAAGAUCAUAUAGCAGAAUUUAAAUGUUCUAGUGAUUGUUUACUUCCAGAGGGCCAUUACAUGAGUGUUAGACACUUCACUCCUGGUCAAUGGGUUUUCGUGUCUGGUUGGUCUAAACAGAAAGGAUUUAAAGGGGCUAUGCGCAGAUGGCAUUUCGGAGGCCAAAGUAAGAGUCAUGGUACCGAAUGUAAAGCACACAGUGCACCGGGCUCAAUAUCGCAAGGUAAAUCUGUACAUAUAGUAUGGAGAAAUACUAAAAUGGGUGGACAUGUUGGACCUGACCCACGUUGUAUGAAUUGUAGAGUCUUCAGAAUUGAAUCUCAUCGUAAUUUAAUAUUUUUAAAGGGUACAGUUCCUGGUAAUAUUGGUGGAGUAAUCAAAAUAAAAGAUGCAGUUGGGAUUACAGCCAGAAAAAAUAAAGGUUUACAUAUCCAUUAUCCAACAUUCUUGCCGAAAUCUAAUCAUCCAUACCCGGUUACGCUACAAGAACCCACUAAGGAAAGGGAUCCAUUUUUGUGCCAAGAGGAACCUAUGUAUGAACAUAAAUCUCGUAAAUGA